CUCGGUGGAGGGCUACAUUUACAGCAGUCUGCGAUUUUACCCAUGGCGGAAGCUGGGAAAGGAAGCGAUGAUAAGUCAGGCGAGCCCUCGGAUGCGCCGCAAGCGGACUCAGAACCCAAGAAGAGUUCAAUGAAGGCUACCAAGGAGGACGGCUCGACGAGUGGCGAGAAACCAAAGAAGAAGAAAAAGAAGUCAGCCGAAGACUUGGCCACGCAUGGCAACCUCGGAAAGAUUGCUUCGGAAGCGGCCUCCAACAGGGACACCAGCACGGGCUCGGUGAAGAAGCCAAAGGGUGGUAAGAAGUCAUCUAGCAAAGAAGGCAAGUCCGAUGGGAAGGCCAACGCUACCAAAAAGUCUUCCAGCAAAGAAGGCAAGUCCGCUGGCAAGGCCAGUGCUGUCAAGAAGGGCCGCCAUUCCAAGGUGGGCUUAGAGACGCUGAGCGGAAGCGAAGCAAAGGACGCAAUCAAAGGCAAGAAAUCCAGAAAAAGGAAAAAGAAGAAAAAGCAUGUCGCUUCUCAGCUGCCCAGCAGUCCAGUGGCGCUUCACCCGCCCUCGGCUCCAGAUGCAUCAGCACAGUCAUAUUUCGCUUACCCACCGGGUACGCUUCCUUAUCCAGCCCAGCCCCCGAUACCGCAGCAUGCGAUCGUGCAGCUUCCGCCGGCAAGUGCCCCACAAACCAGUUCGGGUGUCCUCUCGAAAAUUGGAGCUUUUCUUGGCAUCGUCGAGCGGAAAGAUGCAUCGCAGCAUCCCCCUGCGGAUUUUACAACAGCAUCAAAUGUAUCAACUCAACUGCAUCCUCCACUAUUCCUGGCCCCUCAAGGUCAACAGAUGCCUUAUGGCGCCUUUCAAUCGAUGCCUGGCCAACUUGCGCCUCCUGGUGGGCAGCUACCUAUGACAGCUCAACAAACGCCACUGGUGACUGUUCAGCCAAAUGUUAGUCUGCAAGAAGGGUAUGUUCAGCCGAAUUCCGGUCAACCAACACUUGAUCAAAACCUAGCAGGCCAGCAGGCGACCGUGAAUCAUGCGAUGCGAGGACAGAAUAUUGAUCAACCGAUGCCUGCUGAACCGAUACAAGGGUACACGCCCAGCCAAUCGUUACCUAGUCAACUAACGCCAGGGCAGCCCAUACCAAUUCAACCUGAUGAACAGGUGCAAGGUAAAAUGGUGCCUAGCUAUUUAUUGCCUAAUCAGCCAAUGCCAACAUAUUUACCAAAAGAGCCGUCGCUUACUGAGCCUAUGGCGUCACAACAUGUGCCGGGAGCAACCGCAUCAUUUAUAGAUCAGUCUGUACCAACACAUGCUGUUGUAGAGCAGUCCGUGCCAUUGAAGCCGUUAUUUGGUCGGGACUAUACGGGCCAAACAAUAGUUAGUAGGCCGAUGAUAGUUUCACGCGCGGUGUCGACAGAAACGGCUUCAUCAGAGCAGACGUUAGACAAGGCAUCAACACAUGCCCAACCACCACAAAUUUCGCAAGGCGACAUGGCGCAGGCCAUCAACUUAUACGGGCCGCAAACAUCAAUUCAGACUCCUAUCAGAAGAUCAAGCCUUCUUUUCACCAAUACGGCUAAUCCGCCUGGCGGGCCCUUUGUGCCAGCUUUAUACAGACAAGGAAGCCGGACAGAAGACUCUUUCUACCACGGUUUCGCUAUGGCUGAGCCACAAGUCCUACAAGACGGAAUGCCUUCGUCAAUGCUUCCUAAACAGUUGUCAUCUGCAAGGACAUCCGUCGCACAACUUCCGCAGAUUGAAUCGACGCCCAGAAGUUCACGGUUUUUCGCGUAUGGCCAAAUCGAGAUGUCUCGACCGGCUGCGAGAAGGCCGUCCAGAAGCUUGUACGCGGCGGAUACGUUGCCUCGAAGAUCCUCCUGGUCAUCGUUUUCUAGGAGGCCGUCACGAACACAGGACUAUCCUCUCGCCAGCCCUGGUUCGCUUUCAGGUACGAUUGAUGAUAUGCGGCCAAACUCACACGAGGAUUACGACGUUAUGGAGCCGGUGGAAUCUCGGCGAGACAGCAGCGCCAAGCAGCGUAGCUCAUGCAUGCGCCUUUCGCAAAGCAGGCUGCACGCUGAGACACGUGAGCUCGCCGAGGAUUUUGAUUCUACUCGAGCCUGGCGCUUUUCUGUUGGGCGACUGGAGCCUCCUCAGCGCACAGCGAGUGCUUCUACGCCCUACCAGCCGUGGGAAACACGCUGCGCCGCGGACACUACGCAGCACAUCAAGUACACGGCUGCAGUCGCCGAGGACCUCCGGGUAGCUUCCCUGGCGCUCCGUAGGCUGCAGUAUAACAACGAGAGGGAGCGGCGCCGGCGGGACUUCCUCGCCACUGAGCUAAUGAAGAGGGCAGCUCUUGCGAGCAGCGAGGUUCGCAGAGCUUCCAUGGCAUUGGCAGCCAUGUAUCCCGAGGAUGCCUUCCCUGGAGACACUGCGUCGUCCACGGAACAGGGAGGCAGACGACUGUCGAAAGCAAACGCGAAGAAAGCCGAGUUGCCAGCGCGUCCUGCAGCUGGACCCGGAGGCGAGCACAAAGCGCAGGGCAUCACAAGCACCUCAUGGCGCGAGCAUAGGAGGAUGUCGCAUCGCGGUCCAGGUGCACUGCCUUCGCGGCCAGCAAACGAAAAAGGCCGCGGCUCUCAGUCUCCGGAUUUCUUGUUCGAAGCUACGAGCUCGAGAUUAGCUGACAUGCCUAAUGCGCGUAAGACCACAUCGAAGAGGUCCUUAGCGAGGAAGUCUUCCCACUCCCUUGAUUUCUCGUUCCAAGCGACCAGCUCUGGAGCGGCUGCCAUGCCGGGUGUCCGUAAAGCCAGGUCAAAGAAGUCCUUAGCGAGGAAGUCUUCGCGGGCGUCCCUGACAACCGAUGCGGAGUCAUCCUCGCAUGGCGACAGCGGGUGUGACAUGUGUGGAGGCCUGUGGCGAGGCCUAGUGCGAGAAGCCCCAUCGAAAGAAAGCUCGACGACACAGUUUGAAGACGUCGUGCUGGAGCUGGGUGGCCACGUCACCAGUCCGCUGACGUGGCCCCUGGCCUGCCCGGGUGGCCGAAAGCGAAGCUCCGUCGCCACGGUGACCAUGUUGGGUGCCGCGCGCAGAGGAAGCCGCAGGUCCAAGCAACCGAAGCAGGCUGUCUCCGACGAACAGGUCACCGCCGUGCUCCUCGAAGAUGUCCAGGCAUCGCCGCUGGAAUGCUUUCAGGGCGUCUCUCAUGAUAUUGUGGCCUCCAUAGCCGGGAAGGGUGACGCCCAGCGCAAAUCUCUCAAGGUUGGCGAGCAGGUCGGGACGUUGGACGAAAACGCGUUGAAUCGGAUGAUGCGCGACUCGAGUGUCGGUGUCCCCGCUGAACAUCUAGAACGGGAGGGAGAAGAUCAGGGACAACCGGCCGCCGACGGACAGGAAGGCGAUGGACCGUACCAUCCCAUGGAAGGCGGACGGCUGCCGCUCGAUGAGGAGGCGAACGUCGAGGCGGAGAUGUGGAAGUUCGCCGAGAGCACGGUGCCCCUGUUCCCGGAGUCCGCAGUAGCCGUACUGUUUCUGCUGGCCUGCCUCGUGUGGGUGGCUGUGGUGCUGUUCGCCGGGAGCGCGCACCACAACUGGCUCAACACCACCUCCGACCAUGAAGCCAAAACGGGACGCCCCGAGGGCAGAUGUGAACAGGCCGAAUGUGUUUUAGUUCAUGCACCGACGAUCGCGUCUUCGGCAGGUCCACCGUACCCCACGGCGUCUCCAUCGAGCGACUGGCUGGUGUGCGACUCGGCGCUGUGCCAGCGCGAGGCGCGCCGACUGUCGACGCUCUUGGAAGGCGAGCCGUGCCGCAACUUCUACGACUACGCCUGCCAGCGGUUGGACGAAACGCCGCCGCUGCCGAAGCGAGGCACCGCCUCGUCUACGGACACGCGACUCACCGACGAGCUGGACGACGCGCUGGUCGCGUACGUGCGCGACGCUACGCACAGCGACGUUGCCCCAGCGCGCGAACUGCUGCAAGCCUGCGGCACCGGCUCGGCGCGGGACCUGGCCGACUUCGUGGCCGCCUACGUGCAGCCGUCAUGGCCGGCCAGUGACGCGACGAGCGACGUGGCUGUGUGGGAGGCCGCCGGACGCCUGCUUCGCGAACUGAACGUGGCGGCGCUGGUGUCCGUGGUGCCUGUCGUUAAGAGCCGGACAGCGGUUGCCCUGGGUCCCGCGCAGCUGCUGCUCAUGCCAGGAGACGACGCCUCGCAAGAGCAGCUCCUCUCCGACGCCGUGCGCGCCACGGUCACUUUCGUGUCAACCACGGCUGACGCGCGCACGGUCGCUGAAGACGUCGUCAAAGUCCUCUCCGACCUCUCCAAGAUCCAGGACGCAGCCAUGUCGGCGCCCGGGCUCCUUUACGAUACCCUGCCGUUGUCCAAUCUGAGCGCAGGCGUAGCCGCACUGGUGCGCAGUGCGAUCUCAUCCUCGGCCGUCGCACCUUCUUCUGUGCUGGUGUUACCGGGAGUCGACUUGAAGUCGCUGUCGAAGCUGGUGUCCUCUUACGCGCUGCGGGUGCUGCACUACGUAGGCUUCCGAGCAGCCCUGUGGGCGGCACCGUUCGUGGCGACGCCUCCAGACAGACUCAUCACGGCGCACAUGCUCACUCGUCGGCCUCCGAUUGCCGACAGGAUUUGCUGGACACUCGGCGCAUCUGGGGCAAGGACCUGCGGCUGAAGGGUCUCGAGAAUCUCUCCUCGGACCAGCUGUUCUUUGUGUACUACGCGAUGGACAACUGCCAGCGGUCGGAUGCGCAGGCGCAGCGCCGACUGCCGUGGCCGCUCGGCGGGCAGGAGCGCGUCAACGGGCCGCU